CAAGCUUGGCUCAGAAAAGAUGCUAGAUGUUCCUAUGCAGGGUGGAAUCUUACUGAGGAGAAGCCAUGCGGCUUCCAAAGGUGAAGAACAAGUAUCCUGCUCCGGUACAGGUCACCGUUGAUGACAUUGUCAGAAGUGCUGAAGGUGGCACAAGAAAUGUGGGACCCCGUGCGCUCCCAGCCACAACCUGCAGAGGUUACAAAGGUGAACCGCCGGCAGGGACAGAGGUGACAGAGGCGGCCGAGGUGCCUGGUCAGAGCGAAAAGGGGAGCGAACCGAGGCUAGUCUUCAAGCAUCGUCCGUUUGGGCCUUCCACAGAGCUUCUUCGCGCUGGUGUUCGUGCCCAACUACGUGUACGACCGAAAGGUGAUUGGGCAUACAGGCGAUUGCUCUGCAUUGGAGUGUGCAAGGAGAACGUUGGCACGUGCCCCAUGGCAAAGUUGCCGCAGGACUUCCUGCGGUACUUUGUGGACUAUGUAUUCUCUUUCUUGGUAAGGCAACCUCCACUUGGCGAGCAGACUCGGCAACAAAAGGUUGCUAAGUAUGCCUGACCCGGAAAAGUUCAAAUGACAUUAGUGUUCAGUCGCUUUUACGUCCAUAACAGGUCUAGAAUAUGAUACUAUAUAUGUAUAGACCACACGCCUGUGGAUGUUAAAUAUGCACGUGCACGGGCACACACACAAAGAUAU